GUGGAGAGAGCACUGAUUCUCUUGUUUCUCACUGUCAAUGCCAAACAUGUCCAAAGGGAAUAAGAAGGCCCCCAACUCUGGGGAUCCAGUGUGCAUGCUGUGCCGCCAGGCACAGGUCAACCCGGAUAUCUGCGGGCAGACAUUUGUCAAUGGUGGGCUCUGUGCCCACCACUUCUGCUUGUUCUUUGCCAACAACCUUUUGGAAAGGAGACGCCCAGUGGGGGGAAUUUCUGGCUUCCCCCUUGAUGCCGUCCAGCGCACAAUCCAGCAGGCUGACAAGAAGCGCUGCUUUGUCUGUGGUGGGGGAGCUUCCAUCAGCUGUGCGGAGGCAGGCUGUAAGCGCAGCUUCCAUCUGCCCUGCGCCGAGGACGGAGAAUGCAUCACCCAGUACUUUGGGGAGCACAGGUCCUUCUGCUGGGAGCACUGCCCUCAGCAGGCAGACGAGGCAGCUCCAUCACAGAACACAGUCUGUGUCAUCUGCCUGGAGCCUGUGGGAGAGAGAACAUCCUACCACACCAUGGUGUGCCCAGUGUGCAAACAGGCCUGGUUCCACCGGGGCUGCAUCAGGAAACAGGCCAUGCACGCUGGCACCAUGCUCUUCUUCUGCCCCGUCUGCAGAGCAAAAGCGCGAUUCCGUUCCAAAAUGGCCAUGCUGGGGAUCCAAAUCCCAGUCAGACGGCCAUCUUGGUGGGAUGACGAGGCAUACCAGUCGCUGCGAGAAAGGUACAGGCACUGCGAUGCCCGCAUGUGCCUCUACCUCGGAGGCAGGGAGAGGGCACAGGAAGCAGGGUGAGUGACCUCCGCAGUCCUCUGGGGCUCUGCAUGGGAUCUCAGCCUCAUCACAGGCCGGUGGAGCAAGGACUGAACACUAGAGCUGCGCCGGCUGCUCCCUGCCUCAGUUCGCUUUAUCCUCACAGCCGCAACCUGUUUGCUUCCCCAGGCCCUGGGAGCUGUUUCUCUGCAGGUCCUGUGGAUCAGAAGGCACACACCGCUACUGCACCUUCUGGGCCACUGGUGGACACAGCUGGGAGUGCAACACCUGCACUGGUG